AUGGACUGGGCGAUGAAGUUCCUACCAACAAAAUUCUGUGAGUCCCAACAGGAAUGGUAUGGGAAGAAGGGGAUCUCAUGGCACAUCACAGCUGCCAUCACCAAAGCAGCAAAUGAGGAAUUGCGGGUAUGUUGAAUGUAACUCCUGAGAGAGGUUUCGCAGUCAUACGAAAUUCUUAUUGAUUUGCAAUUAUGAUAAGUGAUGCUGGUUUAGCUCAUCAGGAUCUUCAUAUUCUUACUGGUAUCUAUGCAACUUUGUGUUCUUGUUUCGUCUCUUGUGAGUGUGAUACCUCUAUUAGAUACCAUUAUGCAAUCAUAAAAUCAGUUGAAUCACAUGUGACCAGCUCCAGCUCCAUUUUACAAGCGGCUAUGAUUUUUACCGUCAUUUCUGAAAAAACGACUCGAUGCCGCUCAUUUUGGCUUCUUCUUCUCGUUUCAGAUCCAUUGUUUUGUUCACCUGAUAGAACAGUGCAGUCAGAACUGGUACGCAGUCCUCACGGUACUGGAGCAGUCUUUAUUAGAGCUCAAAUGGCGCAUUAUUGUGAUCGCUACAGUUUAUCUAAGAUCCGACAACGCCGGCUGCUACCACUGUGCACCAUUAUUGUUGUCGUUGCCGUCUUUAGGAAAAAGAGUCGGCGUGAAUAUUAGUAGGUAUGACUUUUCUGAAGCUCAAUCGGGAAAGGACCUUUGCGAUAGGAAGAUCGCACCAAUGAAAAGUCAUCUGCAUCGGUAUAUAAACCAGGGACAUGAUGUAGUAUCUGCUCAACAGAUGUGGGAGGGUCUGAAUUCAGGUGGUGGUGUGCGCGGCUGUUAUGCUGCCGUAUUACAUCUUGAUGAAGACUCAAUGGUUGAUCGGAUAAAAUGGGCAGGUAUCACCAAGUACAACGAUUUUGCCUUCGAAAGAGACAGUCUGACAGUUUGGAACUGUUACAAAAUUGGUGAUGGCAAAAAAUUCCUUUACAAGAACUUGGUCAAAGAUUGUACUGAGCUUCAAGGCGAUACGAAUGCACAAGUCGGGAAUUACUCUACUCCCAAAUCAAGCACAGGACUCGUGGCUUCAAAAACUGACCAAUCUGUUGAGAUUAGUUGCAUUGAGUCUGCCUGUAUCAAGACUUUCAAAACCCAGGAUGAGCUCACACACCAUAUUUCACAUGGAAAACAUGUUUACCGCCCCGAAAAGGAAACUGUGCUUGACAAAGUGAAAAGAAAAUGGGUAUCAAAAUUUACCGAAGCUAGGGAGGAUAGUGCUCUCUCAGUGCCAGGUACAGCUACUGCGUCACUCGUCAGUACGAGUGAGGGCACAGACAUAGAACUGAAUGCAGGGUGGGCCAUCAAAGAGGCAAGAGCCCAUAAAAGAUUUAGCGAUGAGGUGAAAGAUUUUCUUUUAGAGUGCUUUAUGAAAGGGGUGCAAACAGGAAAGAAGGAGAAUCCAAACAACGUUUGUAAGGUGAUGAAGAAAAGGUUUGAGAAAGAAGAUUGGUUAACGAGCAAGCAGAUCGCAAGUUACUUUUCCAGAUUAGCUGCAAUGCAGAAAUCUGGAAAACCGCUUCUGAGAGCUACAACACCUGAAUCUGAAAAUGUUGACAUUGAUGAGGAAGUUGCCAUAGAG